ACCCGCCGCUCCUGAGGCGACGCCGCCGCCGCCAUGGCCGCGGGGCAGGAGGAGGAGGCGGCCCCGGCGCCCCCCGCCCCGCCGCGCUCCGGGCCCCGCCGCCCGCCUGAGGCCGCCGAGGAGCAGCGGAGCUCGCCUCGCCUCACCGUGCGCCGCUGAACCCUGUUGCUGCUCGCAAAGGCCAUGGAGAAGAGGCUGGAAGCCAAGUUCAGCAUCAGCGCUCCGUUUCUGUCACGAUAUUGCCUGGAAAGACCUGCAAGGGAGCUGAGAAGUCUGCAGCUGUUCUACCUGUGUGCUUGCCUGUGUGCCUUGUGCUCCUCGACAGAUGCAAACUGGAACAGAUCUAAGUGUGAACCAGGGACGAUCCUGCUUGGUGGACAUUUGAGAUCGUGGGAGGGUCAUCACUUACAGCUUCUGGAAGGAUUUCAUACUGUGCAGUCCUGUCAGACUGCUUGCUGCCAGAGCCCCACCUGUGAUGCCUUUUGGUUCUUGGAAAAUAUGUGCAUCCAGGUGAACUGCACUCUGCCUGCCAUGUGUCAGGCGAACAGGACUGGCUCUUCUGAUUCCGUUUUGGUGUUUUUAAAGAAAUCCAAAAGCACAGAGCACUUAAAGCUUCAAACAGGAAGCGACGCAAAGACCUGGCUUCGCAGGUGGUUGCACUGGGGCGUCCCUGUCCCAGGGAAAAAAAGACUGCGGAGGUCCUUCCAGAAAUGGAGCCUGGCAAAUAACGGGGUGGAACUCCUGCAAGGCGACGUAGCAGCGAGCCCCAGUGGUGAGGCUGCAGCCAGAGCAUCAGACAGCAAACGUAGAAAGAGCCGAAGUGAAACGGAGCGCUUGAAGGAUCAAGUACUGAGGCGCUUAGUGGAGGACAGGCCUGGUCCUGAAACCCAUCCAAAUCAAAGGAAAGACCCACUGAAACGUGGGCAGGAUCCGGACGAUGAGAAAACCAAAAGCCCGUUCCCUCCUAAAAGCAAUAUUGUGAACGGAUCAAGUGAUGCAGACAGUGUUGGCUUUCCGCAGACCCACACAGGAACACCCACACCAGAGCUGUCAGUGCUGACUACUUUCUCCAGUCCCGUAGCACUGGGCUUGACAGCUACUGGAAAGACGGAGAAGCCUGAGCAGCCAGAUGAUGCUUUCAUCCAUCCCCACUCCUCAGAUACGCUGCCCACCAUCAGCCCUGUGCAGGGGAAAAGCACAACAAAGCUGCAGACUGCUACUUCUGUGCCAAGCGGUGUUCCCACAAACACUAGCGCUUCUACAGUCCAGACCAACACUGCUGCAUCACCGAGUACUACUGCCACUACCCCAGUUAUGAAGGAGCUGGUGGUUUCUGCUGGAGACAGCGUCGAGGUGACCCUGCCAAAGAACGAAGUUCAGCUGAAUGCGUUUGUGCUUCCCGAACCACCACCUCGAACCACUUAUUCCUACGAGUGGGAACUGAUUACUCAUCCGAAAGACUACAGUGGAGAAAUGGAAGGGAAGCACUCUCAGACCCUUAAGUUAUCUAAGCUUACUGUUGGUCUGUACGAAUUCAAAGUUGUCGUUGAUGGCGAAAAUGCACAUGGAGAAGGUUAUGUGAACGUAACAGUGAAUCCAAAGCCUCGGGUGAAUCGGCCUCCAGUUGCCAUUGUCUCUCCACAGUUCCAGGAAAUUUCACUGCCAACCAUUUCAACUGUUAUUGAUGGCAGCCAAAGCACUGAUGAUGAUAAAAUUGUCAGUUAUCAUUGGGAAGAACUGAAGGGUCCUUUGCGGGAGGAAAAGGUUUCUAGCGAUACUGCCAUACUGACACUGACCAACCUGGUACCUGGGAAUUACACAUUCAGUCUAACAGUAGUGGACUCAGAUGGUGCCAGCAACUCUACCACUGCCAACCUGACUGUGAACAAAGCAGUGGAUUAUCCUCCGGUGGCGAAUGCAGGCCCAAACCAAGUGAUCACCCUGCCUCAGAAUUCCAUUACCCUCUAUGGGAAUCAGAGCACCGAUGAUCAUAGCAUUGUCAGCUACGAGUGGCUGCUCAGCCCUAACAGCAAAGGGAAGGUGAUGGAGAUGCAGGGGGUGAGGACACCAGUCUUACAGCUCUCUGCAAUGCAAGAAGGUGAUUACACUUACCAGCUAAUAGUGACUGAUUCUGCUGGGCACCAGUCCACUGCAGAGGUCACUGUGAUAGUCCAGCCAGAGAACAAUAAGCCUCCAAAGGCGGAUGCUGGUCCAGAUAAAGAAUUAACUCUGCCUGUGGACAGCACCACUCUAGAUGGCAGCAAGAGCUCAGAUGACCAGAAAAUAGUCUCCUUUCUUUGGGAAAAAACACGGGGUCCAGAUGGUGUCAAGCUGGAGAAUGCAAACAGCAGCAUUGCCACUGUAACAGGCCUUCAAGUUGGGACAUACGAGUUUACUCUGACAGUUAAAGAUGAGAGGAACUUGCAGAGCCAAAGCUCGGUCAACGUUAUUGUCAAAGAAGAGAUAAACAAGCCACCUGUUGCAAAGAUUGCGGGAAAUGUUGUCAUCACCUUGCCUACAAAUACAGCUGAACUGGAUGGAUCAAAAUCCUCUGAUGAUAAGGGAAUUGUCAGCUACCUGUGGACCCGGGAUGAGGGCAGCCCUGCAGCUGGGGAAGUCUUAAAUAAUUCAGACCAUCAUCCCAUCCUUCUCCUGUCCAAUCUGGUGGAAGGGACCUACACAUUCCAUCUCAGAGUAACAGAUGCCAAAGGAGAGAGUGAUGUAGAACGGACAACAGUGGAAGUCAAACCUGAUCCUAGAAAAAAUAACCUUGUGGAGAUCAUUCUGGAUGUUAACGUCAGCCAGCUGACUGAGAGGCAGAAGGGGAUGUUCAUCCGACAAAUAGGGGUUCUGCUGGGGGUCCUCGACUCAGACAUCACCGUGCAAAAGAUCCAGCCAUACACUGAGCAAAGCACGAAGAUGGUGUUUUUUGUACAGAACCAGCCUCCCCAUCAGAUAUUCAAAGGACGAGAGGUAGCCUGGACACUAAAAAAUGAACUACGGAAACAGCAGUCAGACUUCCUCAUCUUCCGGGCACUAGAAAUUAACACAGUCACAUGUCAGCUGAAUUGCUCGGAGCACGGCCGCUGUGACUCCUUCACCAAGCGCUGUGUCUGCGACCCGUUCUGGAUGGAGAACCUCAUCAGGGUGCAGAUGGGGGAUGGCGAAAGCAACUGUGAGUGGAGUGUGCUGUAUGUGAUCAUUGCAUCGUUCCUCAUUGUGGUUGCCUUUGGAAUCUUAUCCUGGAUGGUGAUCUGCUGUUGCAAGAGACGAAAAGGAAAAUCCAAAAGAAAAAGCAAAUAUAAGAUUUUGGAUGCAACGGAUCAAGAAAGCCUGGAGUUAAAACCAAAUCCCAAAGCAGGUGGCAGACAGAAAGCCCAGGUCCUCAACACUAGCCUGAUGCACUCCGAGUCUGAACUGGACAGUGAUGAAGCCAUCUUCACAUGGCCUGACCGUGAGAAAGGGAAACUGCUCCGUAGCCAGAACGGCUCCUUGCGUAAUGGACAAGUGAUGCUAAAAGCCAAGAACCAGAGGGAGGAAAUCCUAUAGCUCCCUUUAGGUGGCCUUUUGCUGGAGCUCAAUGGGAAAGAGAAGGCCACUCCCGUCCCUAUUCUGCAAGGGCCUUUGGAGGCCAGUUUGGUUAGGACAACAGCUGCUAACUUGUUUCACAGAAAAUAACUUUGUUUUUGCGGGUUUCUUUUCAUUCAGUUAAAACUGGUUGUACUUGAAUUUGAACUCCAAGGGAAAUCAAAGGGAGAAGACAACUGUGAACCACAGAUGAAGCGUCAGAAAAGACAGAGCUGGCAUCUGGAGUGUGGCAGGACAGAACCACUUGGAGCAACUGUGAAUGUGCAGGACCCUCCUGGCCCACCUCAGACUGCAGCAGAGAAACACCUGUGGACUUCCAGGUCACUCGCCUUGGAAGCUCUUUGAAGAAGGAAGGUCAAGGCUGUGCUCUGAGCUCCCUCCGGGCUCCAAUAGCCCGCCACAAACUACUUCUGCUGUCAGACAGUUCUGUUUUCUUUUACUCCCACCUUCCCUAAUGGUUUAAGCACUAUUUUAAUUUAGAUAUGUCCUUUCACGUACACUGGCUGCUUUUGGAGUGUAGAGUAGGAGGAAUCUAAACACUAUGGUCACAAUCCAUCAGCUUGCAGGUAGGGGAGAGGGUUUUGUAGCCGUUCUAAAUAACUGUUAGGCUUUUCUCACUGGGAGUGUUGAUGACACGGUGGCUGUUCAGAUGUGGAAAAGCUGACCUGCCUGUGGUAAUUAGCUAGGCUGGGAGCCCCCCUCCUGCAGCAAGCUCUCCUGUUGGAUACCAGAGCAGGGAUGGGACACUCGCCUUUGGUACACUUGCUUAAUGGCUGACUUAAUUCCAAAGCUAUGAGGUGUAGUUCAGCAGCAUUUUCUGUCGAUCCCUAAGCCCUCCAUGAGUCUGGACAACAACUGUAUCUCAAUUACGAAAUGCCACGCGGGGUUUCUUUUCCUUAAAACUUGCACAACCCAAGCAAACAGGGUUUGGUGUCUUCAGUUCCAAGCAGCUGGCUCUUCCCUCUGGCUGGCAGCUUAGUGGCCUCGUGUCAUUACAGCUGAAUAGCCCUGUGUGCUCCUGGUACAGCGUGAAGUACAUUUGGUGUCCUGUAGUCAGUGGAAAAGGGAAUUCUCAGUACCCAGUGGCACUGCACGGUGAGUGUCAGCAGCCGGUGGCUGUAUUUCUCUGCUGCUUGAACUCUGGGAAAGGCCUUGCUGGGAGCCAGGUGUGCGGUGGUCCUUUCCCAUACCUGCUUCUUUAUCUCACUGUGCUGCUUUCAUGAGUUGCACCCCUGUCCUCGGGCAGAAAUCAACCUCUUACUGGCAUGAAGGAUGCCGCUGCUCCUCCACGGAUGGGCGGGCAGUUUAUUGCCUUUCUUUGUGUUUAAUUUAAAAACUGGAAACUCGUUUCAUUGGCUUUUUUUUGAGCUAUGAAAGCCAGAAGGCUUUAACUUCCUCAGUUGUAUUUAUAUUGCUGCACUACUGAUUUGUGUUGAGCAAGAUGAAGAUUAAACCAUAUUGAAUGCGAGGGAAUGUCCCCUCGCUGAAUGUA